AUGACUAAGGAUUCACCAGAGCUUAACGAAUUGACUGCAGUUGAGCUUUCGAAUGCACUGAAGAAACUUCAGGAGGGGGAGCAAACUGCUGAUGAGAUUGAACAUAAGCUGGAUUUAAUGGAGCAGAAGAUGGCUCAACUGCUUGAACAGGUUGAACUAAUGCAGAACGAUAGCAACACUAUUAAAAUUCAGCAACAGUCUGUUGAAGAGAAGUAG